AUGGCGUCUUGCUCCCACCCUUGGCUCUUCCCAGGUAACGUCAUGUUCCUCGUUUCAAGCUUCAAACCCCCGUCCUGCUCCGCGCGCUUACCAGAGAAUUUGACCUCCCCGCUAACCCCGCUUUCCGUCGAGCACUCUGCAGGCAUGUCGCCGCCGCCGGUUGCCUCCACCGCCGUGCCGGUUCCGAGCUUCUGCAAGUCCUCGAAGGUGUUUGCUAGUUUGCGUCAGCGGAGAAAGGCAGGGUCAGUCGCGCCGGCCAGGACGCGGAGAUGCACGAUCAGGUGCGUCAAGGAUGAGUCUAUCCAUUUUGAUCCGUCGAAGAUCGAAGCGCCGCCGUACUCCAGUUACUUCGACUCCACGUCUGGUCAGCUCGAGCCGGCGUCAGGCGCCCGGGCAAGCAUACCUGGGCAGGAGUACUGGCCGGAGGGCACUGCAGCCCGCGUCCGUGCUGCCCGUGCACCUGCACCGGUCGGGGAGUCGGCCGGGACUCCGUCUCUUGGCAAGAAACCCGGGAGCAGGAGGAAAGGGUACAAGGGGCAGGUAGCGUCCGCAUCAGCGGCGGGAGGUGCGGAGACCAGUGGAGAUGACGGCGAGUUCAUUGUGGCCACUGAGGUUCCACUAGAUGAUACAUUGGAGGAAGCAAAUGAUUCGCUGAAUGAAUAUGUCAUCUACGAGGCGCCCAAGGAGGAGAGUUUGAGCGAGUAUGAGAUGGACAAGAUGAUGGGGCGGCCACACCCAUUUGUUGACCCAGCAAAGGCGAUGUUGGCAGAGGAACCGAAAUCGAGCGAGGAGCUCUGGUGGAAUUGGAGGAGGAAGUCCGAGACAGAAAUGUGGUCAAGAUGGCAGAGGAGGCGCCCAGAUGUUGACACGGUCUUUGCAAAGGCAAUGGCCGAGACUGGGCAGAUUAAAAUAUUUGGAGAUCACCCUACAAGAACAGAAGCUGCUCUUGCCAAGACAAGAAGACAUUUACACAAAGAGGAAAGGUUAGAAGCAGAACAAAGGAGACUAGAAGAAAUAGGACCAAUUGCAUACUAUUCAGAAUGGGUAGAAGCAUAUAAACAAAAGGACACAUCAUGGGAAGCCAUUCAGAAGCACUUUGAGGAGACUGGUGAAGAUGAAAAUACUCAACUUAUAACAAUGUUUCAACACCAAACUGCUGGGGAAUAUCGUAUCAUGAUGGGCACUGAUGUUCGUAUACAACGAGAUCCUUUGGCAAUGAGGAUGCGUGAAGACCAGAUUAAACAGAUUUGGGGUGGCGAUCCUGUUUACCCAACUGUGAACUAUGUUCAGGAUCCUGAUGAAGUGAUUGACUACAGGAGUCCAGAGUUUCAUGAGCCUACCCCUGAAGUUGUACCUUAUUUGAUGGAGCAUGGGAUAAUGAUCACGAAGGAAGAACUGGAUGCACGUUUGAUGGAAGAGGAGGAAGACGUCGAUCAAGACAUCACGUACAUUCCUGAAGUCAAAGAUCCCAUGGCUACUGCUGUUGAUAUUGGAGAACAUGCUUUCAAUGAAGAUAGUGAUGAUGAGGAGGAGGUUGACAAAGCUGUCGCACUGCCCGAGUCACUAGAGGAUGAGGAAGAGGGCGGCGAUGAGGCUGUGGAAGUUGAAGGGAAAGUGAGUCAGAACUGGAGUGUUCUAAAGACUACUGGGCAGGACGAAAAACCAAAGGAAAAGUUAAAGAAAGAUCAGAUGUCACUUAAAGACGCUAUUAAUGAGUCUGAGAACCUUACUGAUUUCCUUAUGGACUUUGAAGAAGAUGAGUAA